UGUUGAAGUAAAUGUCUCAAACAUUCGGAAAUCACAACGAUAUAAGCGGCCUGUAAAUUAUCGACUGAGAAAAAUAUUAUCAUGGAAUCGCGCGAACAGAUGAGACUCAUCAAUAUCGUGAAUUGCUGACAGAAAGUAAUGAUGAGCAUUUUACAUGGAAAGAUGGAUCCUCUCCACAAGACCCUGUCUUCAGACUGACUGACAGACAGAGGAACCAACAAUGGAGGAAGUUCUGAGUCUGCUGUUUAAAGAGUCCUCAUCCAAACAUGCCACCAUUAAACACAGCUCAAAGGAAGCGCUAGAUUUACUGGAAAACAAAGGUCUUCUGGAAGUGACUCCUGCCCAUGUUUUACGAGAGAAAUGUCUGGAGCCAUUACAACUUGCUUUGGAAUCCAAAAACAAGAAAUUGGCCUCAGAGGCUGUUAGAGGCAUACAGGCAAUCUUUAGUGAUGACCGAUUCCAGUCCAACAUAGAGUGUGAGGAUGAAGAGAGAUGGAUGCCCACACAGAUUGUGAACACAGUGAUGUGUACACCCUCACUGCCUGAGGAGAUACAGAUGGAAAUCAUGAAGCUCCUACUAAACAUGACAUUUUCCACGUCUUGGUGUAUGAAUGCCAAAGUCAUCACAAAAAUCACUCAGGUAUAUAUAGAUACCUACAUGACAAGCACGCAUAAUGUUAGGGGUACAGUGAAAGCCGCUCUUACUCAGCUUCUCACCAGCUUCACAGACAAACUCCAAUCUGCUGACACCAAAGGGGAUGUAGGAGAAUGUGAUGUGCUGGCUGACUUCAAUGCGAGAGGUAAUACCCAACAGGAGGGGCUAACCUCUGACACCAUCACCCUCCUGAAAUUCUUCACAACCAAACUGGAGGAGGCCCUGAGCUGUCAGGCUAAGAUAUCAGUGCCAUUACUACUGGAAGGAGUUCUGACUAUCAUCACCAACUCUCCCCUAGAUAUCAACUCCAAUGAACUCUUCCAGGAAACUCUUUGGAAGAGCCUAUGCCCUACUCUGAUUUCAUUACUGGGGUCUCCAAAGUCUGAGAAAACAGUCUGCAGUCAGAAAGCGGCACACAAGGAGGAGAUUGGGCGGGGCUCAGGAUGUUCCCUGUCAGCUCCCACUGUACAGAGCAACACCGCUAAAACUAUAUACAGCAUUGCUACAUCACUUGUGGAACUGAUGGGGACUGUGGGCUCCAUGAGGCCUGUUCUAGAGUCACUGUUUCAUCGAAUGCUGUUAUAUUCACCCCCCCAGCACAGACUCGAUGCUCUGAAGGCUGUCAAAGAGUUACUGAAAACUCCAAACAACUUGUACAACCUAGCCGCUCCAGUGGGUGAAAAAGAAGGGUCGGAGAGAGGGCCAAAGAAUCCUAAUGCAGACAUUUCCCUGCUCAAACUGAUUGUGGAUUCGCUGGAGGAGAGCUGCCAUUGUAAUGAGUCGCCUGUGUGUAUCACCAGUGUGGAGUGUGUGGAACAGAUGCUGGCCACGCUGGAGCAGAUAUGUAAGGGGGACGGGAUCACCCCGGGUCUCCACAGAAACAUGACCCGGUUCUACAGGACAGUCUCAGAAUCAGGCCUUUCUAGACCAGGAAGUGUGUCAUCAAGUGGGCAGGAGAUGCAUGAAGAAAUAGAACCAAACUCCCGGGAUACAGAUGUCUCCCAUCAGAGCUCGGAGGGUGUAAACAACAAAAGCCCACAACUCCCAGACAGCACUGCCAAGGGGGAUUACUCUCACAACCAACACAGAAUCAGAGAGGAAAUCAAAAAGCAGUACAGCAGGCUAGGGAGUAAGAUGGAAGAGCAGGAGAGUCAGAAUGCCAGGGAGUUUGUCAGGAGUCUGGAAGAGCUAAUCCCACAGCUUGAACAGAUGAUGGACAUCACAGAGGUAGACGAAGCGCUGCAGAAAUUUGCAGCCGAUUUCUGCACAGCUUUAUACAACAAGCAGUCACAAAAUGAAAAUGAAAGUCACAUGGCCAUACUGAAUGCAGAUGGAGUGUACGUAGCCAGUGUGAGUGCUCUACACUUAUGUUUACAACUAUCAACGUCGGGACACUAUAGCAGGAAGGACAACCCAUGUGUGACAGAGAGAGAGUUUGUGGACUCGGUGUUGGGGAGUGGUCUAUUGUUGUUCCUGUCCCCGGCGUGGCUUACAGAGGUCUACCACCAAGUGACCAAGAAAAACAUCCUACAGGCUGUUUCAAAAGUCAACUCAUUAUCACCCCUUGUUGAUCUGAUCAAAGACAUUGAUGGACUGGGAAGCCAUGAGAAGGGGUCACAGUUUCUGAGCAGCUGUUGUCCCGCCCACACAGGAGAUGGGGAGGAGUCAGACGUCUUUGAGAAGGACAAGUUUGUCACAUCUGGUAAGAUGUUUGCUCGCCGCGUCCUCUCCAAAUGCUGGGAUGGAAUUCUGGAUGUUCUGUCAGUGCUACUGAAUGGGAAAUCAUCAUGCGGAAUUUCCAGCAGUCUGGGAUUACUUCUGGGGACAGAGGGAGCAAAAGAAGAGAGCCUGAGGGCCCAGGAAGCCAUCUGUACCAGUCUGAAUGGGCUACAGAAAGCAGCCCGCCUCUGCUGUACACUAGGUCUCCAGGGAUACUGUGGCACUGUGUUUUGUCAGCUGGCCAGCACAUCAUGUGUCGUCAUUGACGCCCAGAAAAGUCCGAUCCUGGAGCGUAAAUCCCUUAACAAAACAGCUCCCCACAGACCUAGACUAGUCAAGCUCCACGCCUCCCACGUCCUCAGUAUGGAUGUCGUCAUGACAACGGGCCUGGAGAUGGGCAGUCACUCCUCUGACUGUUGGAAGCAUUUAUUUAGAUGCUCAUCCUUUAUAUCAGGGUUGGAGCACACAUAUUUUAGCUUGGGACAAAAUCACUCCAAUCUUCCCAAGCUACAACAACAGGAGUCCAACUUUGAACCAGGAGGCCCUGACAGCAAUGGUUACCAUGAAGAGCCCGAGCUGUACGGCGUGUCGGCCACCACUGCGGUUCCUGUGGCCCCCAGGAUCAACAUUACAGAACUGAUCAAACAGAGCGCUAUAGAGUCUGGCUGGGAGCGGUCACUGACCGGGGGUGGGGUCCUGAAUGCUGUCCAGUCCUCCCAGGCACUGUGUGGGCUCUCACAGGAGGUGGACAGAUUGUUUGAAGAGGCAGCCAAUCAGUUGAAUCUUCAGUCCCUGUUGAACUUCCUGUCUGAGCUUUGUGAUGCCAGUCAGCAGCAGCUGUACGGACUGAGUCGACAGGUGCCAUCGGAGCGAGGACCUGGGGGGGACAGUCCACUCCCCUUCAAUGCCCUCCACCUGUACCGCUUACAGGAGGUCCUGAUGAAGGUGGUGCAUAGUGACCGGCCCCUGCUACACCUGAUUCACACCUGGACCAUUGUGUCACCUCACCUGGUGGAGUGUGCUGGCCACAGAGACAGAAAUGUGUCCAAGAUGGCUGUAACCUGUGUCCAUGAUUUCAUUGUGGCAAUGCUGAGUGAGCGACCAGAGCUGCCAUAUUUCCACGUGAAUGAGCUCCUAUGUAAGGCACUGGAGAACAUGCUGUGUCUGGAGGUGUGUGAUGGAGACGUGCAGGACCAGAUUGUGUGUUCUAUCUGUGAGUUGGUGGAGGCUUGCACAGCCGACAUUAAAUCCGGAUGGCGUCCGUUGUUUGGAGCACUGAGAGCGGUCAAGAUCGAGUAUACGGCCAAUGAGGAAGUUAACGAUGCAAGACAGAGGCAUGUGGCCGCUGUACUAGAUGUGUUUGAGGUGUACCUGGCUACAGACAACAUCCUGGUCUUUGCGAACGCCACAGUUGAUUGCAUCCUGUGUUUGUUAAAGUAUAUCAGAGGCCCAGCUGAGUUUGACAGCUCCAGUGGUGACGAUUCUGAUUCGGGCAGUGAUUUUGUUAUGGGGACCACUGGGGGAGAGAAUUUGUGUAUCCCUGCUUUGGGGUAUCUGAAGCGAUGUGCCCAGAUUCUACAGACUAUGUGGAAAAUGCCAGCCUGCCCUGUAUUCAACUGUGCUAAAAGAAUACAAACUACACCCUCCCACGUUUUUGUGGACUCGAGCCUGCCUCAUAUGAACAUGGAGGACUUUAUCCGACACUACCACGAAGCGAGUCUACAUCGCUGCGAGACCUGUACCUCAAAACCACCUAAACAGACAGUCAGCGAUGGCACCACCCCCACACCCAAGCGGGAGCCACAGGAUAACCAUUCCCUCCAAGACGAGGGGGGUACAGACAGUCUGAACUCUGUGGAUUCAGGGGUAGUGACCGGGCAGAAUGAUUUCAAAUCAAGUAGUAAGACAGACAUACAAGACAAGAGUCUGAAGGAUGGAGAGAUGCAAGACAAGAGUCUGAGAGACAGAGACUCUGUGGAGGAAUCCCCUGGACGCUGUGAGAGAUGUGAUGCCCUGCACCUCCUGCAUAAGCAGCCUGGUGGUGCUACAGAGGGUUCCCUGGAUCUGGUCAGUUCUCUGGAUGCCAUAGACAACAGUACGGGAAUUCUCCAUGUGUUGUUCUUGUUACUGGAGGGCCUGUCUGGAGCCGUGUCCUCCUGUCCAAGAUCUUAUCAACCCCAGACCCUGGAGAUGUUGUUUGAUAUCCUCAGGUCCACUGCAGACAUUCCGGGUGCUAAAUUUUCGCUGUUUUGUGUGAAUAGUCUCCUGUUGCCAAUGAUCCAGUCUUGGUUGCGGGAAGGCAGUCGUAAGCUGGGCUACUGGGACUGUGGGGCCAACAACUUCAAGCAGUGCUGUGGUCUCUGUACCGAUCUUGUAGUGGCACUUGUCCAGAAGUUCUCAGGUUCAUCAGAAGAGGUGUCUCGAUCAGUUGAACUGAUGCUCAGGCAGCUAUACAGUAUCCUAGUGGAAUGUAUCUCACAGCCUACCGAGAUAAUCUCAAGACUUGGCUGCUCCUGUAUCAGGCAUGUGAUGCUGAGUGCAGGAAACUUUUUCACUGAGGAGAUGUGGCAGAUCAGUGGAGUCGCCAUGGAGACGGCCCUGGAUGUGUCCACCUUCCACCUGCGGCAGCUGAUGCUGCUCUUCCAUGUGGACUCCAACAAUUUCUAUGGUGACAUAGCACAGGUCAAGGUUGCCAUGAGACGAGACAGCUCUCCCCAGGAGACUCGACGACUCAGACACCUGGCUCACCAGGUAUUCCUGCUGGACAAUCAGAUGUCGGCUCAUCAACAGACAGAUGAUGUGGAGGAGGAUAAAUCAUUCGUCUUUCUUCUCUACAAGCCAGGAGAGGACCACAGUCUCAAUCCAGAAGACAUUUUACUCAGAUUGCCAUUCAGAAACGUAGUAGUUGGACUUUUAGCCAAUCAGCUUCUACUGCAAACGAUAGGCAGUGUUCUCCUGACCCCAGAGUCUGUCAACUCUCCCUCGCCGCUGACCGACGAGAAACACCAUACCUUGUCAGGAAUGAUCUCGAAGCUGUCGGUUAGGAACAUGCUGAAGAUGCUUGAUUGUCUGCGUAACGCCUAUAAGACGGCGGUCGAGUUCGACUCCAGACCGGGGCUGAAGUUUCUGAUCCAGAAAGUGGCAAGGACGGAGGUGGCGGUCAAUCUGUACAAACAGGCGGGGGCCAGCAUCGUCUUCUACAUCCAUUCCCUCCUACAAAUCUGUGCCAACAUCCCCGACCUCACUACGGUCAAGGUCAAACAGCUGUCCUGUUCCGUUCAGCAGAAUUUACUAAACAAUUGUUACCUCAAUGCAAAGCAUAACUCCAGUAUUGCCAAAGUGUUAGCUAGUCCUGACCUAUUUAUCCAGCUGUUGAAGGCCAUUUGUGAUGAGCUCUGUCAAAGCUACGUGGACAUUUUGUCAGACGAGACCUCUAGCUGUGUGGAUAGUAUGGCAGAACAGCAGGUGUUUUUCCUGAUAGCCCAGCCUGACGACAUUACGGAUAUUGUGGGCAAAAGAAAAAAAUCCCAAACAGAGGACCCGAAACCCAAACCUUCCGGUCACAGCCAAGAUCUGAUGUCAGCAGCUGUCCCUCUUCAAGAGCAAAUCUGUCCAAGUUCUGAAGGAAGCACUGAAGAUGAACAGGACGUAGAAAGUUCGGAUUCAGAUUAUCCAACUAAAAGCAAGCGUGAGCUUCGUGAGGAACAAGACAGCAAGGUUUACACCAUAGCGACGGACUCGCUGAUCAAGUCACUGAUGACCGAGUACAAACGCCGCAAACAGGCCAACGCCAUGCCAAAGUUUGUCAAAAUCUCCAAAAAGACCAAGAAAUCCAAAGAAAGGAAACCCAUGGAGUUUGUUGAUAAAGUGGAGAGACAGAUUGAAGAACAGAGGAAGACAUCAUACAUGAAGGACAGUGAGGCCCGGAUCAAGUCCUGGACAGAACUCCUGUGCUCCGUGCUCGGACUCUUCCACCAGCUUCCAGAGGAUCAGUUCCGGACACUUCUCCCAACUGUAUUCAACUGCAUCACUCAGCUGGUCUGUCACGCUGCGGACCAGAGGCUCAGGGACUCUGUGGGACAGAUUGUGUACAGACUGGGGAUCAUUCUGGAGUUAACCAAUGAGAGCUCAGAAUACAAAGAAGAGACUGACCCCCAAAAGCAAAGGUUGCAGUAGUCUUUCUCUAUCUACUGAUGUCAAAGAUACCGACUAAGAUGUAUAUUGUGUUCCCAUUUACUUAUUUAUUAAAUUUAUUUAUUUAUGGUCGAAGAAAUACACAUUCCAUUGUCAUAGUUACAAAGACUUAAUACCUGAUGUCCUGUAUAUGUGAUGUAGCAUUAGAAAACCGGGCCGUGCAGAAUUCCAUUAUAUAUUUUUCCAAAUGUCUAUUUAUAUUGACAUAUACUUUGAGAGCCCAGUCAUGCCGAUGGGUUAUCCCCUUGAUACUGGGUGAGUUUAUGGUACUCGUACAAACAUGGCCUCCAAGGUUACUCUCUUGGGAGCAAGAAACUUAUUCUAGUCAUAAUUCAGAUCAAUCAAUGUGGUGCCAGUGAUGUUACGUAGCUUAUCUAUCAUAAAGUUAACAAAUGUGGCCAAUAUUUUACACCCAUCCCGUACAUAUGUAGCCUAGCAUCCUACCCAAUCAUUGUCAGAUAGCUGUUAAAGGGCAUGGUCACGGUUUGGGUCAAGUUCUGUUUUUAUGUUUUUAUUAUUUACAAUAUUUUAUAAAUGCAUUUCUAUUGGUCAAAUUAAAUUUGAGAGUGAUUCAUGGAGUUAUAAGCAAGAUACAGGGCUCACAAUUCUUUGUCAUGUAAACAAGGCUCGUGUCCUUUUUUGGUUUACAUAGGCUCAAUAUACCAGUAAAAAAUCUUUUUCCAGCUUAUUUGUCUAUCUUUUUAUUUAUUUUAAGAUAAACAGUUCCUAACGUUUAACACAUUGGUUUUAUUAGACUGAAAUUAUUACUUCAAUGUUCAAAAUAUAAACAAACGCUUUGUUUACAUAGCAAAGAAUUUCAUGCUCUGUAACUCGAUUAUAACUCAACAGAUGACACUCAAAUUUCGGUUCCUUUUUAAAAUGCCUUUCUGAAGCAUUGUAAAUAUCAAAAUCGGAAAAAUGAUUUUUGACCAAAAUCAUGACCAUGCCCCUUUAAAUAUCACAGUGUUCAUUGAUGUUCAUAACAGAGUUGCUGGGUUCAUGUCCUAUAAACACAUAAAAAAGAAAACUGACCUUUCCUUAAUUUUUGAUGAAUUUACUCAUCUCCAGAAAGUUUUCAUUAUUAUUAUUUUUUAGAAUUUCUGAAAGUGGCCCUAAAGAAAUUUCUUUACCCAUCAAGUUCAUUUUUUUCAAGUAUGUUAUUUGUUUCUUGAAACUUUUAAAGUACCUUUAUUUUCUAGAGUUUCUUUUUUUUUUGUCUUUGAAAAUGUAAUUAUUAGGUAACAAUAAUAUAUUUAUUUAAAUAUAAAUAUUUAAAUGAAAUCUGCUCCAGAUAUCUUUUAAAAAAGUAAUAUAUGUAACAAAUAGCAAAUAGUUAACAUAUCAGUAAGCCACAGAAUAUCAAUUUUAUGUCCAACUUAUUCUUUUCCUAUGGUCAUGGCAAUAAACUGGUCCUCCAUCAAGUCUUUGUUUAGCACUGUUUGUCAUGGCAAUAAACUGGUCCUCCUUCAAGUCUUUGUCUAGCAGUGUGUGUCAUGGCUAUAAACUGGUCCUCAUCUGUUUUAGCAGUUUGUCAUUACAAUUAAUUGGUCCUUGUCUUUGUGUAGCAGUGUGUGUCAUGGCUAUAAACUGGUCCCUGUAUUUGUGUAGCAGUGUGUGUCAUGGCUAUAAACUGGUCCUCAUCUGUUUUAGCAGUUUGUCAUUACAAUUAAUUGGUCCUUGUCUUUGUGUAGCAGUGUGUGUCAUGGCUAUAAACUCGUCCCUGUCUUUGUGUAGCAGUGUGUGUCAUGGCUAUUAACUGGUCCUCAUCUGUUUUAGCAGUUUGUCAUUACAAUUAAUUGGUCCUUGUCUUUGUGUAGCAGUGUGUGUCGUGGCUAUAAACUGGUCCCUGUCUUUGUGUAGCAGUGUUGACGAUUAUCUUGAUUUUUGUCUUCAUCGCAUGUCCAAAUCUCUCACCCCUGAGACAGGCAUUUUUUAAUAAUUCAAAUGUAACAAAAAUUAAAAUUAAAUAGAAUCUUAACUCAUCUGACUGUUUAACAGUGUGUGGGUUAGUAUGUAUAAGCCUAAUGGGAUAUAUUUCAUGUUUGUCUUUAUCAUUGUCCAGACUUCUUCAUCCCUGAGACAGGUACAGAUAUCUUCAUGUAUUUGUUAAUUGGUGUGAAUGUAGACCAAUUCACUCUUUACAAAAGUAAUGUCCCUUAGUUACCAUCUUUGGGGGAAAAAGCCAUAGAUUUCUAAUAGUAGCUUUUUAGCUCACCUGAGCCAAAGGCUCAAGUGAGCUUUUCUGAUCACAAUUUGUCCGUUGUCUGUCGUCGUUGUCGUUGUUGUUGUUGUCGGCGUCGGCGUUGUAAACUUUUCACAUUUUCAUCUUCUUCUCAAGAACCACUGAGCAGAUUUCAACCAAAUUUGGCACAAAGCACCACUAGGUGAAGGGGAUUCAAGUUUGUUCAAAUGAAGGGCCACGCCCUCUUUAAAGGGGAGAUAAUUGAGAAUUUUUGAAAAUUUGUUGGUAUUUUUCAAAAAUCUUCUUCUCAAAAACUAUUCGGCCUGAAAAGCUCAAACUUGUGUGGAGGCAUCCUCAGGUAGUGUAGAUUCAAGUUUGUUCAAAUCAUGGUCCCCAGGGGUAGGGAGGGGCCACAAUGGGGGGAUCAAGUUUUACAUAGAAAUAUAUAGACAAAAUCCUUAAAAAUCUUCUUCUAAAAAACUAUCAGGCCAGAAAAGCUCAAAUAAAUAUGGGAGCCUCCUCAGAUAGUGUAGAUUCAAGUUUGUUCAAAUCAUGGUCCCCGGGGGUAGGGUGGGGCCACAAUGGGGGGAUCAAGUUUUACAUAGGAAUAUAUAGAGAAAAUCUUUAAAAGUCUUCUUCUAAAAAAUUAUUAGGCCAGAGAAGCUCAAAUAAAAAUGGGAGCCUCCUCAGGUAGUGUAGAUUCAAGUUUGUUCAAAUCAUGGUCCCCAGGGGUAGGGUGGGGCCACAAUGGGGGGAUCAAGUUUUACAUAGGAAUAUAUAGAGAAAAUCUUUAAAAAUCUUCUUCUAAAAAAUUAUUAGGCCAGAAAAGCUCAAAUAAAUAUGGAAGCUUCCUCAGGUAGUGUAGAUUCAAGUUUGUUCAAAUCAUGGUCUCCGGGGCUAGGGUGGGGCCACAAUUAGGGGAUCAAGUUUUACAUAGAAAUAUAUAGACAAAAUCUUUAAAAAAUCUUCUUCUAAAAAACAAUCAGGCCAGAAAAGCUCAAAUUAAAAUGGAAGCAUCCUCAGGUAGUGUAGAUUCAAGUUUGUUCAAAUUAUGGUCCCCGGGGGUAGGGUGGGGCCACAAGAGGGGGGUCAUGUUUUACAUAGGAAUAUAUCGAAAAAUUUUUUAAAAAUCUUCUUCUCAAAAACUAUAAGGUCAGAAAAGCUUAAAUUUGAGUGGAAGCAUCCUCAGAUAGUGUAGAUUCAAGUUUGUUCAAAUCAUGGUCCCCAGGGGUAGGGUGGGGCCACAAUUAGGGGAUCAAGUUUUACAUAGAAAUAUAUAGACAAAAUCUUUAAAAAUCUUCUUCUAAAAAAUUAUUAGGCCAGAAAAGCUCAAAUAAAUAUGGAAGCUUCCUCAGGUAUGUAGAUUCAAGUUUGUUCAAAUCAUGGUCUCCGGGGCUAGGGUGGGGCCACAAUUAGGGGAUCAAGUUUUACAUAGAAAUAUAUAGACAAAAUCUUUAAAAAUCUUCUUCUAAAAAACAAUCAGGCCAGAAAAGCUCAAAUUAAAAUGGAAGCAUCCUCAGGUAGUGUAGAUUCAAGUUUGUUCAAAUUAUGGUCCCCGGGGGUAGGGUGGGGCCACAAGAGGGGGGUCAUGUUUUACAUAGGAAUAUAUCGAAAUUUUUUUUAAAAAUCUUCUUCUCAAAAACUAUAAGGUCAGAAAAGCUUAAAUUUGAGUGGAAGCAUCCUCAGAUAGUGUAGAUUCAAGUUUGUUCAAAUCAUGGUCCCCAGGGGUAGGGUGGGGCCACAAUUAGGGGAUCAAGUUUUACAUAGAAAUAUAUAGACAAAAUCUUUAAAAAUCUUCUUCUAAAAAACUAUCAGGCCAGAAAAGCUCAAAUUAAAAUGGAAGCAUCCUCAGGUAAUGUAGAUUCAAGUUUGUUCAAAUCAUGGUCCCUGGGGGUAGGGCGGGGCCACAAUGGGGAUAAAUUUUUAUAUAUAGAGAAAAUCUAUAAAAAUCUUCUUCUCAAAACUAUAAGGCCAGGAAAGCCCAAAUUUAAGUGGAAGCAUCCCAAGAUCGUAAAGAUUCAAGUUUGUUUAAAUAACAGUCAUGGGGUAUGGUGAGGCCACAAUGGGGGAUGAAUUUUUACAUAGGAAUAUAUAGAGAAAAUCUUUAAUAUCUUCUUUUUAAAGACUAUUUGGCCAGAAAAGCCUAAACUUGUGUAGAGGCAUCCUCGGAUAGUGUAAAUUCAAGUUUGCAAAAUCACAGUCCCUAGUGAUAGGGCUGGGCCGUGAUGGCGGUUUGAAUUUUUUACAUAGGAAUAUAUAGAGAAAAAUCUUUAAAAAUAUUCUGGGAAAGUUUUCGGUCCAAAACUCAUUACUUAGUGUGAAAGCACAGGUUAUGCAGAUUUAAGUUUGAUGAAACCAUGAUUCCCUAGAGAAAAGGGGGGCCACGAAAUGGAGGGGGGGGGGGGGGUAAAUUGGAAUAGAGAAAAAUCUUCUUACAGGUACAACAACAAAAGGGGCUUGGUAUUUACCCCAAAAAAGAGGUGGAUAAAAAUUGGCAGAUUUUCUAUUUUUUUUAGCAAGAUCUACUGUACUUAGUUGUCAAGAUAUUUUGAUACUGUAAUGCUAAUUUGAUCAGAAUUAAGGCAAUUGUUGCUCAGGUGAGCGAUGUGGCCCCUGGGCCUCUUGUUUAGUUUGUUAUUUUGACAUUAAAAAUUCAUUUCGGUUGUGUAUUUUGAUUUUGAUUUUACAUGGGCAACCUUUGAUAUCUUAAAUAAUUAAAGAUUAUUUUUUUUACAUAAAAACACCAACAUGUAUGGGGAUUGUUAAAAUAGUUAAAAUCCAAAAAUCAAAGAAAUAAAUUCAUUUCAAAGAGAUUUCAUCACAGGAAGCACAUAUUUGGUUGCAAAAAGAAGGGGAAAGUUUAUAUUUUUCCAUUUUGACCUUUGUGUUGACUCUGCAAAAUGAAUCAACGUUUGCAAAGUGGAUUGGUCUAUAUUUUAACAUACAUGUUGGUGUUGUGUAUAAAAAAUAAUCUUUACUCAUAAAAGUUAUCAAAGGUUACCUAUGUUUUUGUCAAAAAAUACCUUCUGAGACAGCCCCUCUAAACCUUUCUAUGUCCAUUUAUUCUUACAACUUGAAUAAUUCUGUUGCGUAAUAAAUUCUGAUAAAAAUAAAGAAUUAUUCCAUCCUUCAAAUUCCUUGGAGUGUGUUGGGCUUUGUUGACAGUAAGUUCUGAAUAUACUAGGACCCAUGACAUUUAACAAUGAACUUGAUUUAGCGGAAGCUACAUUCCACCAAAAGUGCUAAAUAGAAUACACAGCUAAAUGUACUUAGGGUAGCCUGUCAACAAAGCUGUUAAACAUCAAUUUGGAGAUGAUGAAGACUUAGUAGGAAUAUGAGGGAAGCAAAGUGACAACAGAAAAAUUCAGAUUUUUAUAAUUAUUUAAGCAUCUUUUCAACUUGUCAAGAUUAAAAUUUAUUUUUAUUACAAUUCCCAAAUUUUGAAAAAAUAUGGUAGAGCCAACUUCUUUAAAAGUAUAAAAAUUAUUGUAAAGAUUUUCUUUGAAUUGUUUGAUGGUAUAAACAUUGAUUUUUUGUAGUUUUAAAGCUGUAAAUAGAUAUUUACAAAACACUUUUGAAUGAGAUGAUUUUGUCUUGACCACCUGUCCAUAUCCUGUCUUCAUUUAGAACAGGUACUUCAAGCUCCCGUCAGUCGUUUGGGUGCAGAUAUAUUGUUUAUAAUUAAAAUUGUAACAAAAUGACAAUUUAUUUUAACUGGUAUCCAAGUUCUUCUUUUUCAUUGAUUUUAGUAUCUUAUAACAUAUAUUAUUAAUAUCAAACUUAACUUCUAGAAAAAAUGUUGAGUGACUGACCGUACUCCAAGCUCCCGUCUGUCGUUUGGGUGCAGAUGUGUUGUUUAAAAUUAAAAUUGUAACAAAAUGACAAUUUAUUUUAACUGGUAUCCAAGUUCUUCUUUUUCAUUGAUUUUAGUAUCUUAUAACAUAUAUUAUUAAUAUCAAACUUAACUUCUAGAAAAAAUGUUGAGUGACUGACCGUACUCCAAGCUCCUGUCAGUCAUUUGGGUGCAGAUGUGUUGUUUAAAAUUAAAAUUGUAACAAAAUGACAAUUUAUUUUAACUGGUAUCCAAGUUCUUCUUUUUCAUUGAUUUUAGUAUCUUAUAACAUAUAUUAUUAAUAUCAAACUUAACUUCUAGAAAAAAUGUUGAGUGACUGACCGUACUCCAAGCUCCUGUCAGUCAUUUGGGUGCAGAUGUGUUGUUUAAAAUUAAAAUUGUAACAAAAUGACAAUUUAUUUUAACUGGUAUCCAAGUUCUUCUUUUUCAUUGAUUUUAGUAUCUUAUAACAUAUAUUAUUAAUAUCAAACUUAACUUCUAGAAAAAAUGUUGUGUGACUGACUGUCUAUACUUCAUCAUCCUUCAGAACAGGAGAUGAAAUCUUGAACAAAUUCAUCUUGAUGGUCAUAAUGAAUUACUCAUACAAAUACAAACAAAUACAUUAAAAAAAAGAAACAAUAAAAAAGUGGUUAUAAAGGAAAUAAACCCAUUGAUUUAUUUAAGAAGAGAUGUUGUUUCGACUAACUGUCCAUCUCUAGGUAAUGGACUGUUAUUCUUCUUGAUGGCGAUAAAGAAAUAAAAACCUGAUACAUACACUUGUGCAUUAAUUUUAAUCACUUAAAGAGUGGUUAUUGGUAUUAAGAAAUUUUAUAAUAAAAGGUCCAUUGAACUACUUGUGUAUUUAAAAAAAAAGAUGUUCUGACCAACUGUCCAGAUCUCUUUAUCACUCAGAACAGGUGAUGAACUCUUCUUGACGGCAAUAAAGGAAAAAAAUAUAUUAAAAAUUCAAUAAAAAAGGUGUGUGCAUUAAAAAUUUAAAUUGAAAGGGGUUUUAAUAAAAUUAAAUCCCAAAACCAGUACUUGUGCAUUAAAAGAAAACACAAUAAAAAAGUAGUUAAAUAAAGCAAAUAAAACCAAUGAAUUAUUCUAGAACAGAUUUUGUCCUAACCAAUUGUCCAUAUCUCCUUAUCAUUCAGAACAGGUGAGGAUCUAUGCUAUUCUUCUUGAGCACGAUAAAAGAAAUACAAAAACAGAAAUAAUUGUGCAUUAAAAUUCACUUUAAAAAUUGUAAAAAUAAACCAUUGAACUAUUCAAGAAAAGCGCUGUUCUAACCAUUUGUCCCAAAUUCAUCUCAUGGAACAGGUGAUGUCAACGGGUGAUGUCAAUAAGUGAUUUCAACUCAGUUUGUCUUCUCGAUUAUUAACAAUAAAGAAAUACAAACCUUAUACACAUAUACUUGUGCAAUCCAAGCAAAUUAAAAAAAAACUCACUUUAAAGGAGGCUCUAAUAAAUUGAAAAUCCCAAACAAAUACUUUUGCAUUAAUUUAUUGUUACAUAAUAAAAAUCCCAUUGGACUAUUCUUAAAAAAAUGUUGUCCUAACCAAUUGUCCACAUCUCUUCAUCAUUCAGAACAGGAGAAGUAAUCUCUUGAAAAAAUUCAUCUGAAUGGCCAUAAAGAAUAAAUUCCUAGCAAAAAAAACCAGACCAGGAAUUCCCUGGAUUUCUCAGGAAAAUUUCAGAAAUAUCCUGCUCUUAUCCCAAGAUAAUCUCAGGAACUCCUGAUUUUUAGAAGAGGUCGCAUUAAUAAAUUCAUCUGAAUGGCCAUAAAGAAUAAAUUCCUAGCAAAAAAAAACCAGACCAGGAAUUCCCUGGAUUUCUCAGGAAAAUUUCAGAAAUAUCCUGCUGUUUAUCCCAAGAUAAUCUCAGGAACUCCUGAUUUUAAGAAGAAGUCGCAUUAAUAAACAUUGCAAUACAAUUUUUGGUCAAAUCAACAGUCACCUGAUAUAUAAAGUCCCUCCCCCCCC